UCAUAACUCUACAUAAACUCCUCAAACCCCACCAAUAUCCUCCUCUUCUUCCUCGACCAAUCAUGGCGCUCACCUCCGCCUCCCUCCUCCUCCUCGCCGCCGCCGCCCUCCUCUUCCCUCUGGUGAUGCCACAAUCAUGCAAAUCCCAAACAUUCUCCGACGCCAACACCAAAUUCGCCAACUGCGCCGACCUCCCCACCCUCAACGCCGCCCUCCACUGGACCUACGACGACUCCGCGAGGCCCGGCCCGAAGCUGAGCGUCGCGUUCGUCGCCCCUCCGGCCCGGCCGGACGGCUGGGUCGCGUGGGCACUCAACCCCACGGGCUCCGGCAUGGUCGGAGCCCAGGUGCUCGCCGCCUUCUCCGGCGCCGUGAAGACGUACAACAUCUCCUCUUACGGCCCGAUCGCCGAGUCGGAGAUCGCGUACCCCGUCACGGGGAGGCGGGCGGAGCACUCCGGCGGUGUGAUCAGGCUGUUCGCCACGCUGCAGCUGCCGGCGGGGAGCGGCGGAAGGGCGAUCAAUCAGGUGUGGCAGGUCGGCGCGGUGGUGAAGGGCGGCGUUCCGGUGAAGCAUGAGUUCUUGCCGGAGAAUCUGAAUUCGAUGGGGUCUUUGCUGUUGACGGGGGCGGAGGGUGGUGGAUCGAUGCCGGCUCCAGCUCCUGCGCCGGAGAGUGGCGGUGGUGGGCCAACUCCCAGCAUUCCGAGAGGGAAUAACUUGGGCGGCGGUCGGAGGAAUCACGGCGGCGGCGGCUUUUUUGGGAUGGUGCUUCUAGGGGUAUUUUUGGUAUUUUGAAAAUUAAGUAUUUAAUUCAAAUUCACUAGUAUUUUUGUUGUUGUUACCACUGCCUUUAUUUUGAUUAUUGUUAAACCGAAUUUUGCUGUUGAGAUGUCUUAAACACUAAUCAAUCUUCUUAAUUUAA